AUGCACCGAAUCGAAUCCAUGCAAAAGCCCGUCAACCUGGGCCCCGGACUUUCGGAUUUUGGUGACUUUUGCCAAUGCCCCAUGGAAUCCCGCUAUUCUUCAUCUAGUUUUGUCGUGUCCAGGGUGUUUCGAUCUGCAAGGGACCCUGACGGGAAUGAAAGGCCCAACGAUAACGGCCGUCGCCCUCGCAACGCUGCAGUCGUCCACCAACCCGACAACUAUAGCCUCACACAACGCCUCACCCCCUUCAACGCAAUGCACAUCAAGAGUGGCGUCGCCGCCGUCAUCGGCUUGGCCGCCGUACCUGCCCUUGCUGUCUCGCCUGCAAUUUGCUUCGAGUUAACACUUACUCUCCCCGGCAAGGUUUUCCUUCGUAAUUCUGGUGACUAUAACACCCACAACCAGUACUGGUCUAACCGCCAGGAUGGCCUAAGCCCCUGCUGCAUCGUGGCCCCGAGCAGCACCAACGAUGUGAAAAAGGCGAUGAACGCCAUCCGCAAGUGGAAGGCCCCCUUCACCGUCAAGUCCGGUGGUCACGUCCCCUUCCCUAGCUCUAAUAUCGAGGAUGGCGUCACCAUUGACCUUGUCAGCCUGAACCAACUCCAGUUGUCCGGAGAUAAAUCUGUCAUCUCCGUUGGACCUGGCAACCGCUGGAGGGAUGUUGCCAACCAUCUCCUUCCCCAUAACCUCGCCGCUAUCGGCGGCCGCGUUGGCGAUAUUGGCGUCGGCGGCUUCGUCCUCGGCGGAGGCAUCUCCUGGUUCUCUGGCCGCUAUGGCUGGGCCUGCGACAACGUGCGCAGCUUCGAGGUUGUCCUGGCUAGCGGCAACGUCGUUACGGCGAGCGCCACCCAACACCCCGCCCUGUACAAGGCUCUGCGAGGCGGUGGCGGUCCCAACUUUGGCAUCGUCACGCGGUUUGACCUGGAGACCAUUCCCCAGGGCGACAUCUGGUACAAGGAGUCGCUCUAUUCCCCGGCGUCGACGUCCGAUGUGGUUGACCAGUUCUGCGACACCGCCGUCAACGGCAUCGCCGCCGACGUCGACGCCCACCCCGUCAUGUUCGCCGCGUACCAGCCCAGCCUCGGCGGCGUUAUCACCCAAGUCUUCCGCUGGCACGCCGUCCCUCCUCCCACCUCGGCCACCGUGCCCGCCGUGUUCCAGCCCUUCGAAGCCAUCCCCGACCUCAUGAACAAGAACGCCACUCUCACCGUCCCCGCCAUGCUCGACGUGUACCCGGACCCCGCCGGUUUCCGCAAGGGCUGGUGGGAUACCUCCAUCGCCGCUGACAACCCCGAAGUGCUCAAGGACGUCAUCACCAACUACGGUACAUGGGUCGCGGCCAACUUUGCCGACAAGCCCGAGGUCGUCGCCGUCCUCUUGAUUCAGCCCGUCGCGCACUCCACCAUUCUCCAGAUGCAAAAGUAUGGCGGCAACAGCAUGAACUUGUCCCCCAGCCUCGCUACCCAGAUCAAGAUCAACACUUACGUCACGUGGGCUGAUCAGGCCCUCGAUACCUUUGUCGGCAAUGCUGCCACCCAGCUCGUCAGCCAGACGGAGCAGAUCGCCAUUGCCGGGGAGGCUUUUGACGGUGGCUUCCGCUACAUGAACUACGCGGAGAGGACGCAGGAUGUCUACGGUCGUUACGGCCCUGGCGCCCUCGCCCAGCUCCAGGCCGCCGCCAGCACAUACGAUCCUAAUCAGGUUCUCAAGAAGCAGUGGAAGGGCUACUUCAAGGUCUAA